GGUUGCUUAUAUAUAUGGGGUCACAUAAAUUCUUUUUUUGCCUUUCUUGGGGUCAUUGUUUUUAAUUGACUCGAGUUUUAAACCGUGGACCAUUGUUUGUAUUAGGUUGCAUUUACUCCUUAUGAACACAUGCAACAUUUACAGCACUUACUCGCUUUUAAACAAAGCAAAAAGCACUGAAUAAAGUAGCCUCUGACCCUGCAUGCUUUCUUGCUCUUUGGGGUGGUAUUAAAGGCAUACUUUUAUAGCAUGUCAUGGUUUGAGCAGGACCAGUGUGCAAUGUGGGGUUGCUUUAUUCAUAUUUUUCAUCUCUUCUUGAUUUUUCCGAAAGGGUCAUCUACCUUCCUAGUUUCUAGUGGAAGUUAAAUUUUGGUAUCUUGGGUUUAAAUCAAUUGCCUUUUAGUUUAAUAGUCACGGUUGUAGUGAGUUGGCUCCUUUAUGAUAAUGUGGGUUCAACUUAAAGGUCAUAAAUGCACAUGGCCAUUGUGAUUUUCUUUGUCAUUCUAUAUCUCUUACCUAAUUAUGGGUUGGAGGAGGUUGAGGCUAGAUGGGGGAAUAUAAAAGCCUAACUGCUAUUAACAAGAAAUCACUCCAUUUGCUUCAUCGAGUGCUUUCAAGGGCGUUAGUGAAAUCUUGAAGAAUGUUUUUUCAUUGGCAUUUCUCUGCUGUUAAAUAAAGCUAGUGAAUACAAAAGUUCUAAAGACGUUCCAUGGUCUUAUUCUCUACCCCUUUUAUUUUAAAUGCAGGUGAAACAUUUUUAGCCAACAAAUCCUUCCAAGUGUCCCAUCAUUUUCCAUCUUCCAGAUUCAAAUGCCAAGAUCAAGGGGAUCUGAUUUGCCUCAGAGGCAGUCUCCAAGAGGUCCACAUCAACUCCGGACAUCAAGUUCUGACUCUGAUCCGUUGCAUCAUCGACCGAUUGCUGACCGAAGUCCGAAGCUAGGAGAGCGCCGUUCCCCAAGAGGCACUCAAUCUGAGGCACUAAAUCAGAAGAAGCUAGGAACUCGCAUUGCAGAUUUGGAGUCUCAGCUUGGUCAAGCACAAGAAGAGUUGAAAGUUCUAAAGGACCAACUAGUUUCUGCUGAAGCUGCAAAGAAAGAAGCUCAAGAUGAGCUAGUGAAGAAAGCUGUGCAAUCAGUAGUGGUAGAGAAGUUCCAAGAGAAGUGCACUUCCAAGAAUGCUCAAGAGACUAACAAAACUGAAACCAAACCCCAACAAAUUGUACCUGAUGACAACCAACAAGAGACUGAUGUGUUUGAAGUUCCAAUUGAGAAGUUGACAAUUGAGUUCAUCAAGCCUGCUGACAAAUCAGAAAAGGAAACUCAACCAUUUGAAGACUCGAAUGCACCAGCAGUAUCAAAGCCUUCUGUGGAGGAACAUGAACUCACACUAAAGAAUGAUGAGAUUGCAUUGUUGAAAUCCAGUUUGGAAGAGAAGGGGAAGGAGUUAGAGUCCAUGAGUAAUGAAAAAGAGAAUCUGAAGAACCAACUGAAUGCAGCAGUUUCAAAAGUGUCAGCUGCUGAAACCAAGGAAGAAGGAAUGACCUUGCAGUUGAAGCAACUGAGAGAAGAGUUGGAAGCUAGUAAAGUCAAUGCAGACAAGUUAGAUGAGAAGUUGAAAUCUGUGGAAGCAGAAAAGGAGGGGUUGGAAUCAGAGAUGAAGAAGCUGAGGGUGCAAACUGAGCAAUGGAGAAAAGCAGCAGAUGCUGCAGCUGCAGUGCUUGCUGGGGGUGUGGAUAUGAGUGCAAGGAUUCCUGAAAGGUGUGGCUCCAUGGAUAAGCACUUUGGUGGCACAUUUGAGACACCUGCUGGUAGGUACAAUGGAUAUGUGGGGUCUCCUGGCAUGGCUGAUGACUUGGAUGAUGGUUUUGGAAGUGGAAAGAGGAAGGGUUCUGGGAUUAGAAUGUUUGGUGAUUUAUGGAAGAAGAGGAGCCAGAAGUGAUUUCUGGCUUUUAUAUUCAGUGAGUGAAUUAGCACCACAUUAACUAAGGUCAUAUUUUGAUGGUAGCAGAAACUGCAAAAACAAUUGCUUACUGUUUUGCAUUUUCUGUUAUCCUGGUCAUUUCUGGUAUUAUUAAAGCCACUAAGCGUGUUGUGCUACUGUUGCAUGAUAUGUGCAAGUUAGUGAUGUGAACUUUUUGAAAGAUGGAUUAUAUAUUUCACUUCUAUGCUGAGAUGAAGCCACUUUUCUUGAAAGGCCUGUGUUUAGGCAUAUUAUCUUGUUUGCACUGUGCUUUGGAGUUAAUGUCUUAAGUAACAUGCUUCAUUUUAUGUUAA